UACCUACGGAAUGGUAAGCUGCUCAAUCUGACUGUUUUUCUCCAGCCUGCCAAUGUGAUGUUAACUCAUUUUAACGUCUCCCUUUUUUUUCCUCAUGUUUUCUGCACUUGGGAGUGAAAUCAUACAUGGACGAAUUGCUCCACAGAACCAGAUGCUGUAUAUGGCCUCAGUGCAGACCAGAGGUGGACAUGUGUGUGGAGGCUCCCUCAUCAGCGAUAACUUUGUCCUCACUGCUGCACACUGUGCCGAUAGACAUUCACCGGUGAGGGUUGUUUUGGGCACCCACAAUCUUAGAAAGACUGGGACAGUGAGAGCCAUUGAGCAGAGAUGCAAACACCCUGAUUAUCGGCGGGACACAGUAGAAAAUGACAUCAUGCUCCUCAAACUGUCUCAGAGUGUUCCAGUGGGAAGAACAAUACGACGCAUUCCUCUCCCCCCUCCUAACAUGAACCUGCAACCCAACCAAAUGUGCCAUGUAGCUGGAUGGGGAGUGGCCGACGCUGGUAGAGCUGUUGAUGACCUGAGAGUGGUGGGUGUGUCUGUCGUCGACCAGAAUGUCUGUAGACAGCAAUGGACUUGGAUUCCUGCCAAUGUCAUCUGUGUAGGUGGAUAUCGAACACUCAGAGGAGCUGCUUUGGUGAUUCUGGCGGUCCUCUGGUGUGCAAUGGGGUGUCUGCUGGUGUCGCGUCUUACAUCGGCGGGGGUUGUUGGGACGAACGCUUUCCCAAUGUCUAUACAGACGUGUCCAAGUUCCGUCCCUGGAUCAACCAGAUUCUCAGUCACAAUGGUUGUUAAAUACAACAACCUUACACAAAGCUUUGCUUCAGCACACCUUCAUUGUAUUUAGGAGGUGUAGUUACGUCUAAGUCGCUCUGUCAGUGUUUGCUCCUGAACGCAAAAGCAAAAUAAAAAUAUGUUUAAAAUGUUG